AUGAUGAAUUUAGAACGUUCGAAAUCAUCGUCGAUAAACAGCGUUCAUAUUGCUUAUACCAGUGAAUUAAAUGAUGGCUCAUUUUCUGAGAGUUGGCUUCUACCAUUACUGAUAUUAUGUAUCAUUGGUUUUACUCUAACCAUUGCCAUAUCAUUUUUAUUCGUUUGUUUAUCAUUUAAACGUUUUAACGGUUUAUAUGUGUUAACAAAUCUUCUCAUUUGUUUGGGUGUUGGUCUAUUGUAUAUAAUCAUCAUUAUAUUUUUAGUACGAGGUACAGAAUUAUUAUGUGGUUUAAGAGAAUUUUUAUCACAAUUUGGCUAUGUUCUUCUAUUUUCAUCCUUUCUCUCACGUUAUAUAAUGCAAUGGCUAGGUGCUAGAAUAUUAUCAAGUAGAACUAAACAAUUUACAGCUAUUUUAAUUUAUCUUCUAUUUAUAUUUAUUCAAAUACCAAUUGGUAUACUCUGGUGGUAUUUUACAAUGCCUCGUUCAUGUCCAAUGUCAACAAAUGAUAUUGUUAGUUUAGCACUACCACCACCAUUAUUUCCGUUACCCGAUGAAUAUCCGUUUCUUCAACGUUCAUCACCCAAAAUAACACGUACUUCACAAGACUAUUUAUCCUCAUUAUCGUUAUCAAUGGAUAAUAAUAAAGCUAUACGUCAUUUACAUCAAGCACAUGAUUUAGCUUAUAAUAAAUUAUGUUCGUAUCGUUGUAAUGUUGAUUAUCGUUUCUAUGCAACUUAUACGUACACCAUCAUUCAAUUGUUAUUGUGUACAAUAAUAGCAUGUUGUCUAUUCUUAUUUCGAAAACAUUAUAAUUCAUCACUUUCAAAAGUAACAACAACAACCAAAACAUCUUAUAGAACAAUAAAACCAUUAUCUUCAACAACAUUAAAUUUUUUAAUCAUGUUUACCUUUCUACUUAUCAAUUUAUUCUGGUUAUUAUGGACAUUUUUCUACUUUUUUGCCCAUUCCUACUACGUAUUUCCAGCACUUGUUGGUGGAAUGUUUUCGAUUUCAACAUUGUGUCUCAUAUUUAUUCUUAUUCCUCAAUUAUAUUACUAUGCACAAAUGAAAAUAUCAUCAUUACCAUAUACCAAUAAAUUGACAUCAAUCGAUACAAAUACAUUUGAGACAGAUGAUGGUGAUGAUAGACAAAAACAACGUAAUGAAAAUAAUAAUAAGAAAAAGCAACGAAAAAUUAAAACAUUGACAAAAACAACACAAUCGUCAUACAAUGGCGAUACAACAAAUACUGAUGAUUUAUUAGAACCAUUGUCAACUACACAAAAAAAAUCUAAUAAAUUGAAAAAUGGUCUACGUACAGAAAAAUUAAAUAAUAAUAAUGACGGUGAACAAUCAUAUGAAAAUGAAAUUGGUACAAGCGGAACAUUCUUACCCAUAACAACGGCACCUCGAGGAAUGUUUCGAACAAAUGAUGAAACAACAAAAUAUAAACAAAAAAUAAAAUAUCAACACGAAAAUAGUAAAAUAAAAGAUGACAAAAAAAUUGAAACAACAGUAGAAAAAUUAGAUAAAUUAAUUUAUGCUGAUCGUUCAGGUGCUGGUAAUGUGACUCGUGUACAUUCAUCAUUGUGCGAUGUUAAUGAUAAAGAAACAACAUAUCAAAAUGUUGCAAAUAGUCAAUUACCAUCGAUUAGUAUACCAAUACAUGUUGAAAGUCAACCAUCGAAAGAAUAUCAUCAAUUAAGAUAUCAGGAAUCGAUGAGAUUACAACCACCAAUAAUGGGACUUCAACGACAAUUGACCUCUUCUUCAGUCGCAUCCGAUUUUCUUAUGCCCAUCAUCUAUAAUUCUGUACAAACUUCAAAUCAUACACGUCGUUUAUCUCAAGCGAGUCCAUCUUUAGCAUCUACCACCGAUUAUGGUGGCAAUGAUUUACGUUCAAAUAUCUAUCGACCGUUAAGACAACAGCAAUCUCAACGACGUGAUAUGAAAUAUCCUGUCCAUUCACAUCGUUACGAUGAGAGAAUAAUUCCUAUUCUAUCACAAGAAGAACAACGUUCACGUACCUCAACUCCUCUCCAAAUGUUAAAUCGAACACAUCAUUUUGAUUAUACUCGUCCAUCGAAUAUUCCCUAUUCAUCACAAACACGUCGGGCUUAUUCAGGUACAGAAUUAUCAAUAAAUCCAUGGACAAAUCUCCGAUAUCGACCGUGUUUUGUUCGUAGUCCACAUCCGCCCUCAUAUCAUCAUAUCUCUCAAAAUUCUGUAACAAACUGGGCACAACAAUCACGCUUUCGACCACCAUCAUCACACGAUAGAAUAUUGUAUGUUGAUCCAUAUAGAACAGUACCGUCAAAAAUUGGUGGUAAUACUUGGCAGCCAAUUUUAUUAAACGAUUCUCAUUAUCCGAAAUAUGAUCAAGUUGUACAUCGAACUGAUAAUGGUGACUUAAAUGUUACACAAAUUCUCAAUUAUAGUAUUCCCACGGAUGAGGGUCGGUCUUUGUCUAGUAGACUAUGGGAUAUUGAUAGUGAAAGUAACGAUGACGAUAAUGAGUUUAUGAUACAUUUAGAAAACGAACAAAAACCAUUGUGGAACGAUAAUUCAAAAAUUGAUCCACUAUUUGAUUAUGAAACACAUAAUAGAAUUAAAACUAGUCUACCAUUUAUUGAUAAUAUAAUUGAUGAAAACAACGAUAUUAAAUAA